AUGGCUAGAAUGCUUUCUUCUCUUCUUAUCCUUCAAGAUCUUCAACGGUUCAUAUUUUCAGUGAUGAUCAUAUUUUUAUUAUCGUCUAUGUCAGCUUCAGCAUCAGCAGCAUCGAUGAGUAGUACACACACUACGAGUAAUAGCAGUAUUUCUAGACAGGGUUGCCAAGAUAAAUGUGGGCGUGUAAGCAUUCCAUACCCUUUUGGAAUGGGUAGUCCAAAUUGUUACCAUGACAAAGCAUUUGAGAUCACAUGUACCAGCCAAAUUCCAUUCAUUAAACUAAGUCCAGCUUCAGCUCAAGUUGUAGAACUCACAAUGGACUAUAUCCGAUUCAUGGGAUGGUCUCUACCAAAUUGUUACAAUAAAGAAAGUGGAAAAAGUGAAGGCUCCAUUAACCCCAGCCUUAUUUGGCAGAGGAUUCACCCUUCACUUUCUCAAGUAAUCCCAGUGGUUACGGUUGUUGCCAAACAGAUUCAGGCUAUUGUUGUUGACAAGGAGUUUACUGGGGAUAUUCAUGGCAAGAUUAACCCAAAUGGAACGACCGUACCUAUGAUGUUGGAUUGGGUAAUUGAGAAUGUAUCAUGCGAAACAGCUCAAAGGACUUCUUAUGCCUGUGGAGAAAAUAGUGUUUGUAUGGAGUUUAUUAACGGUCCUGGCUAUCGUUGCAACUGUGAAAAAGGAUAUACAGGAAAUCCUUAUCUAGGAUGUCAAGGUUACCACGGUGAUGGUAGAGCACUAGGAGUGGGUUGCACACGUGACAGUGUUAUUAUGGUGGCAUCAUUAGGUGUUGGAAUCGUAAUCCUUGCAAUGGUUUUAAUUGCAAUUGGAUUUUGGUUGUACAAUCGAGUUGCAAAAAGAAAGUACAGACAUUUGAAAAGAAAUGGUGGAUUGCUAUUGAAACAAAAGAUCACUUUUAAUGGUGGCAAUAUUGAGAACGCAUCCAAAAUCUUUCGUACAGAUGAAUUAAAGAAGGCUACCGAUAAUUUUAAUCCCAACCGUAUUAUCGGCAAAGGAGGUUUUGGCACAGUUUACAAAGAAAUGUUAUCAAAUGGUAGAAUAGUAGCAAUUAAAAAGUCUAAACUUGUGGAUGAAAACCAAGUUGCUCAGUUCAUCAAUGAGGUUGUCAUUCUUUCUCAGACUAACCACAGGCAUAUAGUAAAACUGUUAGGUUGUUGCUUAGAAACCGAGGUUCCAUUGUUGGUUUAUGAAUUUGUAUCCAAUGGCACCCUUUCAUACCAUCUUCAUGGUGGGGAUAGCAAUGAAUCAUCAAUUUCAUGGAAAGAUCGGUUGAGAAUUGCAUGGGAGAUUGCAGGAGCACUAGCAUAUUUACACUCCGACGCUUCCACACCGAUACUUCAUAGAGACAUUAAACCAGACAACAUACUACUAGAUGAGAAUUACAAGGCUACAGUUUCCGACUUUGGAAUAUCUAGAUCCAUUUCUAUGGAUAAAACCCACUUAACUACAAUGGUGCAAGGAACCUUGGGUUACUUAGACCCAGAGUCCUACAAUUCUGGUCAAUUCACAGAGAAGAGUGAUGUUUAUAGUUUCGGAGUUCUUCUCGUAGAGCUUCUAACAGGCCAAAAAGCUAUUUCAUUAAUGAGAACUGAACAAAAUUUAGCAUUUCAUUUCCUAUCAUCAAUGAACCAAAAUCAAUUGUUUAGUAUCUUAGAAGACCAAGUUGUUAGUGAAGGAGAUAAAGAUGAGAUUUUUUGUAUUGCUAAUCUUAUAAAGAAAUGCUUAAAGUUGAAUAUCAAUGAAAGGCCAAUUAUGAAAGAAGUGGCAAGUAGUCUAGAUGGCUUGAUAAAGUUUCGAGGAGAACAAAAUUGUCACCAGCAUCCGACUUCCACUAUCAGUGCGUUUGACGUACAAGGUUUUGAAACUGGUUCAUAUAUCUUUAGUGGAAAUUCAACGGAUUUUGAGAGUGCAAAUUCAAUAUUUAGUGCAAUGUAA